CCAAUUUGACCUCCGCGCACGCGCCCACCAACCAAAACAAAGAGGUCACCUCCGCAAGAAUCGUCCGAUACUAGUGAACUAUAGACUUUUGUUGCAUUUUCUGCUUGAAUUGUCGGAGAUACGGCAAAGACUACACGUACAGUCUGUCUGUAAGGAUAUCGGGAACCGUUUGGGUGCUUUUCUAGGCCAGAAAAUCGAGAAAAAGACAAGAUGCCAGGAUCAGCCGGAAAGAGAAAAGCCGAGAACAGUUGGCCCGACGACGUCGGCAUCGUCGCCAUGGAGAUGUACUUCCCCGCCCAGUACGUCGACCAAUCCCAGUUGGAGGAGUUUGACGGGGUGUCGUCGGGGAAGUACACGAUCGGGCUGGGUCAGCAGAAGAUGGGGUUCUGUAGCGACCGUGAGGACAUCAACUCCCUGUGCCUGACUGCUGUGCAGAACCUCAUGGAGAGAAACAACAUCUCCUACGAGAACAUCGGGCGUCUUGAGGUCGGCACAACAGUGGGCACAGAAACCAUCAUUGACAAGUCGAAGAGCGUGAAGACAGUGCUGAUGCAGCUGUUCCAGGAGUCUGGAAACACGAACGUGGAGGGGAUCGACACCACCAACGCCUGCUUCGGGGGAACGCAGGCCCUGUUCAACUCACUCGCCUGGGUGGAGUCUAGUGCCUGGGAUGGCCGCUAUGCCCUAGCAGUGGCGGGCGAUAUCGCCGUGUACGCGACCGGGAAUGCUCGACCAACGGGAGGGGCUGGCGCCGUGGCCAUGCUGAUUGGACCCAACGCUCCUCUGGUCAUCGAAAGAGUGUCCUAA